GUCCUCAUUUCUCUCUCUUUCACCACUCCUGAGUUUCAGACCUCCUCAGGGAACAUCUGAGACACAUCAGGACUCUGCAGGCUGGUCACAUGACGGGUCAUCUCUCCACAGCUCAGCAGCUGCCGUUCACAUCUGGUUCCAGCUUCACAGGACUUAAAUAUCUCCUUCAGAGGAUCAUUUUACAAUAUGAGGCUGAGAAGAGUGCUGCAGCUGUUAACUUUGCUGGUGGGACUCUGCCAGGGUCGUGGGGCCCCUCCACCAGGUGACGGCUUAACAUCACAAAAGCCAGGUGAGGUCCCUGCAUCCCAGUUAAAGAUGCUCGCUCUGGGCCUGGGCCACAUGCUGCAGGGCGUGGAGGAGAAUGUCCAGCGGCUGGAGCGCCAGGCCGAGCUGGUGGGAGCAGAGGUGGACAAAGCCACAAUGGGUCUGGAAAGACUUAAUAAGCAGAGUAUACAGACAGGACGAAUUCACAGGCAGGUGAGAAAGGACCUUCAGAUUCAGAGUGCCAGGAGGGACAGGCUACAGCGGCCUGUUGCAGAUCUGCAGAAGGAGCUGGAGGAUCUGGAGCGUGAACAGGGGGUCAUGCAGCACCAGAUGAACUGGAUCAUCCAGAGUGUGAAGAGCCUGACUGAGCCAAGGCCAGGGGGUCAGACUCAGCCUGAUGCCAGCUUCAUCAAGGCUGUCAUUGAUAAACAAGAUGGACAGCUUGCCAAUCUCACCUCAGAGGUUUUAAUGCGGGAGCGAAUCAUUAACAGACACCAGAGGCUGAUUGAACACCUGGAGAAACAGCUGUCUUCAGGUGCCUGAGAGUCUCCCAGCAGCACUGAGGCCAUAUUUCACCCCGACUGUGUCCCUGGAGCACAGCUGCAUCAAUACAGUGAUGAAAAUUAAAAUGAUGUCAAAGCUGACAAAGCUUGAAAAUUACUGGAAUCAAAGAAAGGAUGUCAAGAUUAAAAAUGUUCUGCAUUCAUUUCGUAGUUAUACCACAUUUCAGGUGAACUUAAAAAUUUUGCUCCACUACUCUUUGCAACAAUACCUACUUGUAAGAUUUAGAUACUACAAUGAAAAAGUGGAAAUAAACAUCGAAUAAAGGGAACUGUUGACAAGGUCUUUCAUUUUUAGAAUAUACAAACCUUUUACUGAUGCUGCUUUUUCAUUUAAGUUGCAUUUUAAAAGCAGGACUUUACAAGAUGAUAAAACAACAAAUAU